UGGCGUAAUUUUUAUGUCGUAGUUCGAGGAAAUAGUUAAACAGACACCAUAAAACUUAAAGGCUGAUGGUUUUUAAAAAGUCCGAAAUUUCUUCUAGAAUUUGUGAUGUAACCGAAAUAUGUUACAUUUUUAUUUUGCUUCCAGGCUGGCUGAUUGUGCAACUAAACGCAUUCCACGACUCUAAGUAUUCAUAUUGAAGGCAGAUCAGGUUAUUCUACUCCAACUAGAAGACUCCGAUUGUGUCCACACGUUGUAUAAACCGAAUGAAAUACACAUACAUGUGAUUUGGAUCUCUUCACCGUUCGCAACAAUGCCAGACGAAUCGUUUUUUGCCAAAUUAGAAAACAAGUCACUGAAGGAACAACACCAGUUUAUGGCUAAAUAUACGUUUGAAUCCGUGCCAGUGUUACCCAAAAAAAGAAAUGUGGAAGUAGGUGAUCAUUUACGAUUGGAAGGCGCAGGGAAGUCCUAUACUCACCAUGCAGUGUGCACAGAAAUACACGAUGAAAAUAUAACAAUCGCUGAGUACACUGGUCCAAUUUGGAGUCGCAGUGGAAUUUCCCAAUCAACAUCGUGUUCAGACAGUGGAAGGCUUGGUGAAAUAAUCAAGACAACUCUCUCUUACUAUGACUUGAUCAAGAAAAAAGCUGAAGUAAUUGUUUGGCCUGAGGAUCUGAGAAGAUUCUCACCUGAUGAAAUAGUCAAACGUGCUUACCAAAGACUUGGGGAAAACUACUACAGCCCCACGAAAAAUAACUGUGAACAUUUUGUCACAUGGUGCAUAUGUGGAUUGAGGGUCAGCCUCCAAGUGAAAAGCUGGCACGUCGCAUUAGUAGAGACUUUGCAUUCCAUGUUGAAUACCAAAACAGCGGGUAUGGUCAUUGCCAAUGUUGCUGACGAAAUCGUUCUGUUCUUAAAAAGAAGUGGACUGGUGUCGAAUCUGCCAUCUGCUCAGUAUUUUGCUGAGAAAUUAAAUCCGCUCAUACGCGAAAAUAGCAAGUGGCUGCUUUUGCUUUGUGUUUUCAUCGAUGUAGGAAUAGGCGUUUAUGAGUUAUAUGAGGUGUACGAGGAAUAUAAGGGGGGGAAAUAUCAAGGGAGUCACGAGGAAAUCGUCAAAAAGGUCUUCCUUAUAAUUUUAAAAGGGGUAAUCUGUUUUGGCCUUGUCUACUUGGGGUUGAAGUAUGGUGGAGUAGGUGGUUUCAUUGAGGCUGGAAUAUGCGUUUAUGAACUAAAGAAGGCUUGCGAUCAAUGGUGGGAAGGUAUUCUUAUUCGCUCUGGAUGGGAAUUUACGGUAAAGGUUAUUGAAAUACUUACAAAAGGAUUUUUCCGUUUUUUCCUCGGCUAUCUCGGAUCCACGUACAGCGAUAAAAUCUUUUCGAAGAUUGAGGAAUAUUUGCGCACCCUCUCAAAACUAAAGCAAAGUUUGGUUUGUGGUGCAGUGGGUGGAUGUCUGGGGCAUCUUGUCGGCGUAGUCAUAACGUGGAUAGUAGAAAACUUCGGAGACAUUAUCAACAGCGGAUAAAAGCUGAGCAGAAACAUUGCUUGAUCAGUGCAAAUACAACAAACUAAAAAGCCCGAAAUAUAAUGAAGUUAGUUUAUAUAUAUAUAACCAUAGAGGUGUUGAAAUAAGAGAGUUCAUGCAUUUGCGUAUUGACUUUUUUUGCAUAAAAUACCACAGGGUUGGAAAUGGGUCAGCCAUAAAACACGCAGGCCUGUACCUGCUUGCUCUACAAAAUACCUAUGCUUUGUAAGAUGAAUCUGUAAAUCAGCUAUUAAAGUGUGCAGGGGAUGACCUCAUUUUUUGAGGGUUAUUAAGAAAUAUUUGUAUUCCAAUGCCUAAGGUUCUUUUUAAUGUAUGUAUAGAACUCAUUAUAUUUAAUGUUUGUACUGAUAUAAAAUGCCCGUUCUCUGAAAACCUCGUUUUGCCCUGUCCCCACGUACACGGGACUCGUUCUUGUACUCAGAGGUCCUACGUUUCAUUCCUCGAUCCCCCUAGAGGGAAUGGGACAUGUUAUCUUUGGUGCUGUGAUAUAGUUGAUAUCAAUCAAUCAAUCAACUUUAUUACAUGAUCUUAUACUUGAGAAUAUUACAAAAAAGGUAGAAAGUGGAACAUGUUAAUGUAAAAGUUACUCAGAAAUAAUUAAAAAGCUAAUCUAGCUGAGUAACUGCUUAUAUUAUUUAACAUAAAGACGGUUGGCAAAUAAAGUUGUUGAGCAAAAAAAUAUAAAGACAAAGUGAAUAACAAGUAUGUAAAUAAUGUUUAAGUGGAAAUAUAAAUAAUUAAAUAAUAUGAAAAUAAUAGAAAUAAAUAAACAACAGCUAGCUAGUAUGCUACUAGCUAGUAAGUGAGUGUGACUACAGAUCUACAUUAGCCGCUGGCCUGAUUCACUGUACAGAUGUGAUGCAUAGAUCUGUGGUUACCGUGGUUUGCGAAACAAAACGAUUUCUCGAUUUCUCUUUCAUAUUUCAUCUAUUGCUGCCGAGUUGCAACUAUUCCCAAGAUAGUCAAAUAACAAAGACAUGGCGGCUAUGGUGGUGGUUUUAAGUAAUGAAUGCUAAUGAGAAGUGCUUUUAAAACUUACCACCAACAUGGCCGCCAUGACUGACGUAACGCGCAAUCGAAGAAUACCAUGAAACAGCUUCUGAGAUGGGCUGACUGAAAGACAUGGGCACAGCUAACUCAAUGAAAGAGCUUAGCUCACCUCUAUCAGAGGCUGUUUCAGGCCGGUAUUUUUGCACUUAAAUGGCUUUACAGAGGAGGAUAGCUUUACCAUAUGACAAAUAGUGAAAUAAUAGUCAUUGUACAUAUUGGAUGAAUGCACCGAAUCGAAAUAUGCCGACCAAUUUGAAUAACUAUUGUUCUGCGAUGACUAGAAUCGUGUUCACGUGGAAACAUAAACGGGUUUCACAUAUAUGAGAGGCUAGCCAGUCCAGAACAAUAGUUAUUUUUAAGUUGGCCAUUAUUUGUCGCGUUUCGGUGCAUAUGUCAGUAGGACGUUGUAUAAGAGUACAAACAGACACUAUAUAAAGUUAUAUAUGUAAAGCAGUAUUGCGUAACUGUAUGUAUCACUAUACUCUACAUCAAUAGCCCUGGCGGAAAAAAUAUAACCUUGCAAUAGUUUGUAUUCACUAUACUCCAAUAUCGAGUUUUCUAUUGCUCAGGGUUAGCCUCGAUUGUGUCAUAGAAUCGAUUCAUGUAUUCCAGUGAAGGUCUGUUUAAAGUCAAUGAGUGUUUGUAUUGUUGAAGUUGUGCAUUCACUGCUUUACUGUUGGUAUUUGUGAACAUUCUGACGCUGAAAUGAGGUUAAACCUGAGUAAACAAGUCUGUAAUUCGAAAGUGGUCUAUUUCAAGUAAUGCAAAAUAGGUGAAAUAAAAACUGCUAGUCAACGUGUAAUCUCAUAGACCACAAAAGAAAACAAUGAAAUUAGGGUCUACUAAUGUGUAUAGUCUAACAUCUAUUGCACGGGUUUAAUGCCUUCACUCUAAGUACAAGUACUAUGCAGCAAAGGCAUGGCGGCACAGAAUCGCAGAUUUCGAUGUUCUUGCUAAUCUUUCUUUAAUAAUUCAAAUUGUAAUAUAUUCUUUAGUAAAACUAAAUAAGUCAUUGUUAACCAUC